AUGGGUGCCGUCGUCUCCUGCUUCAAUUCGGUGGUACACGCCAUCACCGCCUGCUUCAUGGCAGUCGUAAACGCUAUCGUGACCGUAAUUAAGGCCAUCAUCUCCGGAAUCGUCGCCAUCUUCUACGCCAUCGCCUCGGUCCUCACCUGCGGCAAGGUCAAGCGGCGCAAGGCCACGACGAGUGCGGUCUAG